AUGGCUGAAGAAGAGGGAGGAGGAGAUCAGAAUAUCAACAAUAACAUGGGGAAUCAAUUGCAGCUUUUACCGGAAUCUGAAGAUACAGCGAUGGCCAGCUAUUCACCCACCACAAGCCUGGUACAAAUUCGACUGGCUAAAGUCCAGAUCCAGAAAGGAAUCGUGCCUUCCACCUUGUCUUCAGUCCAGCUGAGUUCACAGUCCAGACUUCAGAUGCACACAUCCACUCAACCCCCAUCCAAGCACCGCAGGCAGGGCCAGGGGUGGUGGCAAAAAUAUCAGAAGUGUUCAUCUCUUUGUUGUAAGCACUGUCAAGAUACAGAAAUGACAACCAAAAAUGAAAUCUUUAGCUUGUCUUUGUAUGGACCCAUGGCUGCGUUUGUGAAUCCCCAUGGGUACGUCCGUGAGACCCUGACUGUGUACAAGGCCAACAGUCUCAACCUGAUGGGUCGCCCAUCAACGCAGCACAGCUGGUUUCCAGGAUACGCUUGGACCAUUGCCCAGCGCCGAACCUGUGGCUCACACCUGGGCUGGAAGUUCACAGCUACUAACAAGGACUUGACUCCUCACAAGUUCUGGGGAGUAGCACGCACUGCUCUGCUGCCAACAAUCCCCAAGACAGACGAGGAGGAGGAGGGACAGGAGGCCUCGAGGCUUUUGCGCCUGUAACUAGGUGCUGCGUGAAUAGAGAAAAACUAAAACGAACAAACGUUCAGCAAACUCAGUGCAUGUCUUAGCCUGAAUCUGCUGGGGGCAGUGCAACUUCUGAAAAAUAAUAUCCAGCUUUCCACUCAACCUGCAGUUAAGUUUUACAGUUGUCAGAUUUGAGCCAUAUGGCCUUUACUACUGGUUAUGUGCGUCUUGAAAUGUGCCAAGUUCUUCUGUGCAGGAAGUUGCAGAAUGUUUAGUCUUCGGAAGUGCAUCUUCCUCAGCAAGCUGUGUUACUGUCAUAUCCCAGCCAGGUCAUGCCACCUGUGCUGUAUCAUUUCGUAUUAUUGAAAGCUUUAAGUAAUGCUGUAAAGAAGCGGGACUUUAUAGAAAUGGUGUUGGCUGUAUUUUUUUUCAUAUGCCUUUUAUUUCGUUAUUCUCUUGGUCAUUCUAUUUUUUGUGUUGAAUCAAUUUUUUUUUUUGUCUCAGUUUCUCAUUUCCUUGAGAUAAUGCAACAGAUUCAAGCAGGUAGUUCAAUAAGAACUUGGUAUUGUUAGUCACCUAGAGAAAGAGACCCCAUUCGCUAGCCGUAUCUACAGCCUGUGACCUUUGUCUGGUUGUGUUCUCCUUGUGAAAGGACAAGUAACCCGACACUCUGAUCUGUAACUAGUUAUUGAGUUACUGUGGGUGUUCGCUUUCAAGGUUGGCAGGCAGUGCCAAAGGGCAUAUUGUGUUGGGAUUCAAAUAAAAGAUGAUAAAAUUUAAAAGCAUUUGUACGUCUAACAUAUCUUUUAGGCACAGCUUUCAUUCAAGAAUACAUGAGAAAAUGCUGUUCAGACCAGGAGGCUGUUUUCUGAUAAAACAUUGCAGUAAUAAUAAUAAUAAUAAUAAUAAUAUCACAUUUCAAUAAUAACAAUAUGCUGAUAAUGACGUUGUAAAUGGAAAUAGUUGUUCAUGUUUUGUAAUGUUUAGGUUGAUACUGCCUGAGGGAUUAAUUUAUUUUUUUGAUUCAAGGUUUGUGAUUUAUGACUGAUUGAUGUAGGAGCAAACACAGCACAUAAAGGUGUUUACUACAUGCAUAUGGAUUCCUUUAAUGAGGUAUGACACAGCCCCGGUUUUUGUGAUGGAACCACAUAACAGUCUCGCGUUUUGAUUGGUCCAUGUCUGUCACAUGAAUAUGUCGUCACAUGAGUAGAAAAGCUUGCAGGCAUUUUUAACAUUGCGAUCAGAGAAAGAGCAAGAGAUCUGCUUUAAAAUAUAACGUGGCAUUUUGCUAUACUAACAUAACAAACUAUGGGUUAUUACUUUAUAUGAAUUAUCAUGUUAUGCACGAAUGU